UCCACACAUACACAAAAAAUGAGAAGCCGGCGCCAAUUUGAGUAGUGUUGGAUAAGGCUACAGUUUACAUUACGUGCAUCUUGUUCUUCCUCACAACAAUCCCUUCUUUUCUUUCUCCAACACGAAGAGGGAAAGGAGAAAGAAGAAGAAUGGCAACACUUCAAACUUCCCUUCUCUCCAACCCUCUCCUCCCAUUCCUCUCUCCAAACCACUCCUCCACUCACAAACCUCACCACUUCUCCUUCAAUCCCACGCGCUUCCACCCGCGCGUCCCCUUCACUCCCCUCCUCUGCACAUUUCGCGAAGACACAACUACUCCCCACUCUGAACCUAGCCCUAAUAACAACAACAACAACCUAUCCGAACCUCGCUCGGAUUCCGCUGACGUGGCAGCCGAGCCUAUCAUAAAUUUAACAACAGAAGACAACACCGUUGCGAUUUUGGAUUCAAAUGAAUCGAGAUUCGAAGCUGUUGAUGGCGAGAAUUCCGAGAAUUCGGAGAGUGAAAAGAAGGAUGCGAAUUUGGUUGUUGGUGAUGGAAGGUUAGGGAUAGUGGUGUUUUUGGUUGGACUUUGGGUGAGAGCGAGGGAAGGAUUGGAGAGGGCAUUUUCGGAAUUGUUUGAUUGGUGGCCGUUUUGGCGGCAGGAGAAACGGUUGGCAAAGUUGAUUUCUGAUGCCGAUGCGAAUCCGAAGGAUGCUGUUAAGCAGAGUGCAUUGUUUAUUGAGCUCAAUAAGCAUAGUCCUGAGUCUGUGAUAAAGAGAUUUGAAGAAAGGGAUCGAGCUGUGGAUAGUAGAGGAGUUGCAGAAUAUCUUCGAGCUUUAGUAGUCACAAAUGGUAUUGCAGAAUAUCUUCCUGAUGAGGAGUCUGGAAAAUCUUCUAGCCUUCCUACAUUGUUGCAAGAGUUGAAGCAGCGGGCAUCAGGUAACACAGAUGAGACUUUUCUUAACCCCGGAAUAUCCGAGAAGCAGCCAUUGCAUGUGGUUAUGGUUGAUCAGAAAGUAUCAAACAAAUCACGUUUUGCACAGGAGCUUAUCUCAACUAUUUUAUUUACUGUAGCUGUGGGGUUGGUCUGGUUUAUGGGUGCUACUGCACUUCAAAAAUACAUCGGAAGCUUGGGUGGGAUUGGCACUUCAGGUGUUGGUUCAAGUUCUUCCUAUACCCCAAAGGAGCUAAACAAGGAAGUAAUGCCAGAAAAGAAUGUAAAAACUUUUAAGGAUGUGAAAGGUUGUGAUGAUGCAAAGCAAGAACUUGAGGAAGUUGUAGAGUACCUAAAAAAUCCAUCUAAAUUUACACGCCUUGGAGGAAAGUUACCAAAGGGGAUUCUUUUGACAGGGGCACCUGGAACUGGAAAAACUUUGCUAGCCAAGGCUAUUGCUGGAGAAGCCGGUGUUCCAUUUUUCUAUCGUGCAGGGUCGGAAUUUGAAGAGAUGUUUGUUGGAGUCGGUGCUCGACGUGUAAGAUCCUUAUUUCAAGCAGCCAAAAAGAAGGCUCCUUGCAUUAUUUUCAUUGAUGAAAUUGAUGCAGUUGGAUCAACAAGGAAACAGUGGGAGGGUCACACCAAGAAGACAUUGCACCAACUACUUGUUGAAAUGGAUGGGUUUGAGCAGAAUGAGGGAAUAAUAUUAAUGGCUGCAACAAACUUGCCUGAUAUUCUUGAUCCAGCUUUAACGAGGCCUGGUAGAUUUGAUCGACAUAUCGUUGUACCAAAUCCAGAUGUACGUGGCCGGCAAGAAAUAUUGGAACUCUACCUGCAAGAUAAACCUACAGCCGAAAAUGUAGAUGUUAAAGCAAUAGCUCGUGGUACCCCAGGAUUCAAUGGGGCAGAUCUUGCAAACCUGGUGAAUAUUGCUGCCAUUAAAGCUGCGGUGGAAGGUGCAGAGAAAUUAACAGCUGCACAGUUGGAGUUUGCAAAAGACAGAAUAAUUAUGGGCACAGAACGAAAAACAAUGUUUAUUUCGGAAGAGUCAAAAAAGCUUACUGCUUACCAUGAGAGCGGCCAUGCAAUUGUUGCCCUUAACACCGACGGUGCACAUCCAAUUCACAAGGCAACAAUCAUGCCACGUGGAUCUGCUUUAGGAAUGGUCACUCAGCUUCCCUCAAGUGAUGAGACGUCAAUAAGUAAGAAGCAGUUGUUAGCUCGGCUUGAUGUUUGUAUGGGAGGAAGAGUUGCAGAAGAGCUUAUCUUUGGUCGGGAUAAUGUCACAACUGGAGCAAGUAGUGAUCUUCAAUCUGCUACCGAGCUUGCCCAAUACAUGGUAUCAAGUUGUGGGAUGAGUGAUACAAUUGGACCAAUUCAUAUAAAGGAGAGACCAAGUUCUGAAAUGCAGUCACGUAUUGAUGCAGAGGUUGUUAAACUCCUUAGAGAAGCAUAUGAUCGUGUGAAAGCUCUUCUGAAGAAGCAUGAGAAGGCAUUACAUGCACUAGCAAACGCACUAUUAGAGUACGAAACACUGAAUGCAGAAGAAAUUAGGCGAUUACUUCUCCCGUAUCGGGAAGGAAGACUGCCAGAACAACAAGAACAAGAAGAAGCAGAAGGGGAUCUUGUACUGGCGUAAUAUUUCUCUCUGCUUGUUUAUUAUUGUACUAAUUAUAGGGGAAGCUCUGUACAGUAUAUCUUGAAGUCCUACAGGUAGUUUUUUUAAUCUAUUCUGCAGUUUCCCUCCUUUGUCCAUGCAAUUCUGUCAUAAAAUAGGUCAACUAUUAGAAUAUUACAUCUCUUGCUGCGAGCAAUAUUUUUUUUGGAGAGAACCGUGUAAUUUAUAGAAAGAUAUUUAUUGGACAUUGGAACAAUUGUGAUUAGUUGCCUAUGCAUUCUUCAUUUUUAAGAA